UAUACUCUCCAUUUAAAGCAUGUUUUCAUUUUUAAGGUUUUAUGUUAAAACUACUAGUUGAUAGCCUGGGGGGGAAAAUCAUGUUGCUUUUGUCUACCUAUGGGAAAAUGGUUUCAAAAUGGUGGGUUAGGAGACCAGAUGCUUUGGCUUACCUGCCUGCCUUAAUUCUAUCGGUUCAAUUGGUUCUUUUUAGUCGGCUAAAAUCCGCAGCUUGGCAUCUCUUAAAGGCGCCUGGCGGCGAGACAUUGGUACAAUAUAUGAAGACGGAGUUAAAUCCAGUUGUGAUCCAAAUUUGCUGAACUAGUUAGAGGGGAGGGAAUUUGGUCGUUCAGACCGUAACAUCGAUUAAAGAUAAACCGUAAGUUUCUUUACGAGGGAAAAAAAAAUCCUGUAGCAUACAUAGUAAUCGCUGUAAAUGGUUAGACGUUGCUUCGAUUAGCCGGCUACAUAACGAUUGUAGCGAGCAGAUUACUGGUUUGCGCGUAGAUGUGUAACAUCUUUAAUUAUUCUUCGUUUAGCUAUUGCCUCAAAUACGUAAACAGGUAAUGCACGCGCCAUGUAGCCCUCGAGCCAGCUACUUUACGUUACUUGGCAAUCAAGUGUCUCCUACCAUAGGUAACUAUCCAGAAUAACCAAUAAGCAGCAGAAAACUGUAACUGCUUUGUUCCUAACGAAUCUCGCAUGCGUGAUAUUCGAGGUUAUUUUCUUAACGUUUCACUUUUGAAAAGACUUAAUGUUUCCCGGAAAGUGGUGGAUUAUCCGCGAGCGGCGCGCUAGCUAACAUGACGGCGCGAGCAGCCGAGGACAGCCGCGUGACUAGUUAUCCGACUGCUCACGUAUACAGCAACUUCGGGCUUUGGUGAGAGGAGGGACACUUUCCCGGCUAACCCGUAACUAGUAAGCGGCCGCUUCACAAAAGACUGUUGGCAAGAUGGCUCGGGCCCCCCGGUGCUGAGCGAAAUCCCCGGACUCAAGUGACUGGGACCCGCUGUCAGCCCUAAUGUCCGUGUCAGUGGAGCAGGGCUGCAGCAGCAGCAGUUGCUCUGGCACCCCCGCUGGCUCGGUGGUGGAGGUGAGCUUCCCCAGCGUGAGGACGGCUGUAUUGGACAGCCUGAACCGGCAGCGGGAGGAGGGCCGGCUGUGUGACCUGUCCAUCCAGGUGCAGGGGCAGGUCUUCCGGGCCCAUCGCUGUGUGCUGGCUGCAUCCUCGCCCUACUUUCAUGACCAGGUGCUUUUGAAGAACAUGUCCACGGUCUCCAUCCCAGCUGUCAUGGAUCCUCUAGCUUUUGAGAGCGUGCUGAGUUGCGCCUACACAGGGCAGCUCCGCAUGCUGCGCGAAGACAUCGUCAACUACCUCACUGUGGGCAGCGUGCUGCAAAUGUGGCACAUCGUGGACAAGUGCACCGAACUCCUGAAGGAGAGCCGAGGGUCGGGGAGUGGCCCUCAUGCCGGUGGCACCCAGGGUAACACUGGCUGCAGCAGCAGCAAUAGCAACAACGGCAGUUCUAGCGGCAUGCUAGGGGUCGGGGCCCAUGCUGGGGAUACCCAUUCUGGAGCUCCGCCCCCCAGCCGACCGGCCCUGAACGAGAGCCAAUCACCCAGUAGCACUAACUAUUUCAGCCCUAGAGAGACAGGCUUUGGAGGGGGCACUGCAGCUGCUGGAGCAUCAGGAGAUGGGGCCAUAAACUCUACCCCCAGCUAUUGCACUCCAUCCGGGGGCGAUGAAAGCUUUCUGAUCGAAGAAGAUGACGAAGACGAAGAGCUGCUUUACCCCAGAAAACAGGAGAGGGGGAGCGGCAGGAGGAAGAAGACAAGCUCAGUUUCUGAUCAAGAAGUUGGCGUGAGCGACAGUUUCGGGGUGUCCUCCUAUCAGGAUGGCGACCCCUGUCCUCCCCAGAAGCGCCCUACCUACAGCCAGCCCAGCAUCAUGCCUCGCAAGCAGUGGGUGGUGGUGAAGACUGAGCGACCCCAGGAUGAUGAGCUAAUCGUGGUGUCCGGGGAGGAAGGUGGAGAGGAGGAUGAGGACAGGGAUAUGGAGCUGGAGAGGGUGCGGGAGAGGGAGAGGACAUUCAACAUAUCUGACGUGAGGACCCUCUCCGGGGAGAUGGGCACCAGAGGCGAAGCUGAAAUGGAGGCACAGGUAGAUUACUGCCAGUCCUCUGAAGACUACCUCAAGUUUGACAGUGACCUGAUGGAUCAGUCAGCACCACAACACGCUCACAAUACCUCUGGUAACUCAAGUGGCAGAGCAAUCUCUGCCUUACUGGGACCCGUUCAGUCUGGUGCUACGAGAGCCCAGCUUUUCCCUAUUGACAUGCAGGGAAAUCAGAUCCUGCUCUACAGCCAAGGAACCCUGGAGCCCUCCCCUGCAGGUGCAGUUGUGGGUGGGGCAUCCCUGAAAGGGAUGGGAUUGGAACACGGUGCCGUCCAUCUGUCAGGACAGGGCGGGCUGGAUGGCUUAGAUGGAGCUGGGGGCGGGGCCUCUGGCAAGGUGUUCAUGUGCCACUGUGGGAAGACCUUCACCCACAAGAGCAUGCGGGACCGGCACAUCAACAUGCACCUGGACCUGCGGCCGUUCCACUGCCCGGUGUGCGCCAAGAAGUUCAAGAUGAAGCACCACCUCACCGAGCACAUGAAGACGCACACAGGCCUCAAGCCUUACGACUGCCACAGCUGUGGAAAGAAGUUUAUGUGGCGCGACAGCUUCAUGAGGCACCGCUCGCAUUGCGAGAGGCGCGGGGGCGGCAGUGCCGCAGAGGCGGGGGCUGGCCUGGAGGGGGCGGGCAUCAUCUCCUCGCCCCACCACACAAACAGUGAUGUCAGCCAGAGGCUUCCCACCAGUGGUGUCGGUGGCAGGAGCGGAGUCCCUGUCAUGUCCCCCCAUCAUUCCAGCAGUGGCAGCAGCGUGUCCAGCCUGACCAUGACAGGUUCGGGGCCUCUGUUAGGGGUCUCUUCUCAGAGCUCGGCACACAGUCUAGGGUCCGCCGUUUUUGGGCUGGGAGGUAACCGUGGCGGUUGUGAGGACGAGGUGUGCGAGGUGACUGUGAGCGAGAGCAGCGUCACAUAGAUUUCAUUCUGGGCACAAAGACAAGCGUGUAAGACGGCGGUCUAGACUUUGGGUUUUCUACGUCAUCUGUCAUCUUUGUAAGUCAAACAUCAACACCCCCCUUCGGGGCUCAGUGGCAGCCUGGAGGCUGCCCUUUGACUGAAGCACGCCGCCCUGGUGUUCUCGUCAUGCGUGUCAUGCAGUGAGACCCCAUGCGUGCACAUGUCUCCACAGUGCUGCCCACCUUUCUGUGACACACUCCUGUCACAAAUGGUCUCCUUAAGGUUUAUGACCAGUGUCACUGUCCCGUCCCAGUCAGUGGCAAAUCAGUGUUGGUUAUUCCUAUUCCCAAAAACAUGAUUCCAUUGUUAAUACUGUGUGCGUGCGCUCACAGUACGUGUUUACAGAGUCUUCAGAUUAUUCAAUGUUUUAAAGUUUCGGUCUGUUGUAGAAACCGAUGGUUGAAUGGAGCCCCUUCACAGCAUUUUCCACAUAUCAGCUAAGACAAGAACGAGCUAUUGGGGAGUCGUGUGUGGAAAUCGGAAGGAUGCUGAUCUUUUCAUCUGGAAAAAACUCACGCAGACACAUUUUUAAAAAAUGAUGUCUAGGUUACAGAAUCUCUUACUCUGCUUCGAAUCACUCGUCGCUGCCUUCUAUGAAGGCUGUUCAUGAUGGAAUCAAAAUGGAUAUAUGAGAAACGUGAUACUGUCCAUAAAAAACAUAAUUAGGGAAGAAUCGUAAGGAGGCUUAAGAUACAUUUCAGGUGUGAAUUUCCCAAAGCCGCUUUUAUGCUGCAUCAUUCGUAAAUUCUAUCUUUCAACAUAGAUCUUAUGAAUGACAUAGUGUUAAGAAGGCUUUGGGAAACUCACCCCAGUCCAUUAUUACGUCACAUCCAUGUCCGUGUCACACCCAUCAGAAAUAAAUAUACCUGAAAUUAAUUACAAAGAAUAUGCUACAUGCAGCCAGUCAGAUGUGAGGAUUCAUUUUAUAUUAACUGCUGGCUUCUGGAAGUUUUCCAUUCACAUAUUCGCCUUGGUCAUGAAUGAUUUUAUGUGUCUGGAUUGUGGAAGUCUUUAGAAAGAAACUGUGAAUGGGCUAAUAUUAAUAUAAUAUUAUUUGGGGAAAAUUUUGAGAUUUAUGUGCAUCUGAGAUUUUACAAGGCACAUUAGUCUUGCUUUGGACUAACUGCUGUUUUGAUAAUAUUAUGUAAAUACUUAGAGCGAUCUAGAAAUAUUUAUGUUUGGACAGCGAUUUUGACAAAACAGGUAAAAUGGAGAAAUUUUACAGACACUAUACAUGAAAUCCUUUUGCCUUAUUGGUACUUAGACACAUUGAAUGAGUGGAGAAUACAGAUAUUAGAGGUAAGCAGUGCAACAUAAUUAUCCUCACUGGCUCAAAACGGCAUAGCAGAGAUGAGUCAAAUUUAAUAUUUUGAUACAUACGAUACAGGGAAGUAUUUGUAGAUAUCUGUAAAAUACUUGGACCAUUUUGUAGCAUUCCUUUCCCAAUUUCUUCCAAUUUCCAGAUGUCUAUGUUCAUUGUAGUCAUUUGAGGAGGCUCAUGGAACAGGUGUGCUGGAAUGUGGCCGUUUGUGGUCCUGGAUCCAUUUUUUGGCACAUGUGACACGUUGGAUGCUUAAUAUCCCUACAAUGUGGUGUAGAAGUGAAACACAUCGGCACUCAAGGAAUUGGCUGAUGUUUAAAUGUACAGUUCCAUUUUCAAAAUGCCUGGGGGAAAAACAGUGAAAAUUGAAAGAAAGUAGUAUUUUAGUUUAAUAUCUUAAAGAAAAAAUACUGUAGCCGCUGCAUUGUAGAAAGAAAGCAGCCAGUUUUUCAUUGGAUCCUUUGUUGUUAACUGCUAUACAACUCUGUGUGGAUUUUAACUUGCAUUUGUUUAUAAGUCUGCAAAAGGACACUAAAUAUUCAUCAUUACACAAGCCUGUUUUUGCCACACUAUGGGCAUCAGUUAAAGUUCUCAGACUGUAACUGGAAAUAUAGACAUCGGUGUUGUCAUUGCUAACCUCCAUAGAAGCGUGAGAUGGGAAAUAAAUAAUCUCUGUCACAAC